AUGGAAACGCUCAGUAGCUGCGACGCACGAGCUCUCAGAAGUCCCACUCGCACCAGUGUAGGGCAUGUUGACAAAUCUCGUCGCCCGAACAGCUUCUGGGUCUCCAGAGAGCCUCGGCGGUUGUCGGCGUCGGCUUCUCAGCUAAAACCCGACGUGCCUCAACUAAAUGGAUGCCUCGCAGAUCAGAAGGCUGAGAACAAUGCGCCUCAGCAGGAAGAAAAAUCGCAGUUAGCUCAAGGUUUUACGACACGUCCAGAAUUGCAAAGAUCACAUUCAACGCCCAUUGCUGUGCACGGUCAAAAUGCCGGUGGAAUUCAGAAAGUUCCUCACACCAUACAAGCGCAAGGGCAAAAAUUAUGGCAUACAGAAAAUGUUCAACUAUUAAAGCAAAAUGUGGAAAUAAUGGAGGCAACGGAAGUCGCUCAGGAAGCAAGGCCUCAUGAAAUGUUUAGGCAACCGGAUACCCACACCAUCACCGAAGAGCAACUGAUCAAUGAAGUGCGGGGAAUCUAUACAGGCCUUGUCAUGGUGGAAAAGAAGUGCAUCGAGAUCGACAGGCAACAAGUGCAAUCAAAGGCCGAAUUAUCACAGGCUAAGUGGCAAACACUCGUCUCAUUACACCGAACACUACUUUACGAACACCACGACUUUUUUCUCGCUUCCCAACACCCAUCAGCUGGUCCUGUUCUCAAAGAACUGGCUGAUAAGUACGCAAUGCCGGCGCGCAUGUGGCGUUAUGGAGUGCACUCAUUCUUGGAGCUGUUGCGUCAGAAACUCCCCGGCUCGAUGGAGUAUAUGCUCGACUUUAUCUACCUCUCGUACUCGAUGAUAACAUUGCUGCUGGAAAGCGUGCCCGGUUUCAGAGAGACUUGGAUCGAGUGCCUGGGUGACUUAGCGCGGUAUCGCAUGGCCGUAGAAGAACUUGACAAGAAGGAUCGCGAACUCUGGGCAGGGGUGUCGAGGUAUUGGUAUAAUCAGGACGCAGACCAAAGCCCAGAGAACGGCCGCAUCCAGCAUCAUCUUGCUGUUUUAGCACGCCCAGAUGUGCUUCAGCAGUUUUUUCACUACACGAAAGCAUUGAUCAGUGUACGCGCAUUCCCAAAUGCUCUCGAGAGCAUGACACAGCUAGUCACUCCUAUCAUGAAUCAGGACCAGAAGCACAACUUGAUAAAUUCGUUCGUGGCUGCCCACGGUGCGCUUUUUAUGCAGGCUCCGGUCGAUAAGUUUGUCUCUCAGGCGAACAUGUUUCUUGCUACUCUACGUAAGGAAAUUAGCCGGGUAAGCCGACACGGACAGCAAGGUGUCCAACUUACGUCUUGCAAUAUCGCUGCGAUAUUUCAAUAUGGGGGCAAAAAUGGAGUGAUGGAAACAGAUUUCACAGUGAAAUUACGCAAUCCCACAGCAGAAGAUCGCCUAGCGGCAAUGAAGUGGGCAUCUAAUGCAACUGCUGCAAAUCCUACCUAUCCCACAUAUAGCGACCUCUCGUCCCAACUUGCAUUCCGGGCGAGCUCCCUCGCUUUUCACACAUUAAUCGUCAUGCUCGGCCAAAUCGGUGACCCAAACAUGUAUCCGAGUGUGCACAUCUCUAUGGCAUUUGUGUGGUGUCUCACACUCAACCCAGCGGCUAUACAACGACUAGAGCCAUUGGUUCCGUGGUCGCUACUUGCAAGUUAUCUCAACACCUUGUUCCGUCCCGACACAAUCAUUUCGAAGAUUGAAGACGAAUCAUUCCCGCUUCUUGACGACUCUACUACACAGCAGCUACCGGAGGACUUUUUGAUCAGGGGACAGGCAUGGAGCCGGCUUUAUUACCCAGAACGGUUCUUUGAGGGGGCUCCUACAGAAGACAAUAGACCAUCAACAGAAGAACAUUCGACAGUGAUACCCAGAAGACAUCGAUGUCUUUGGCUUGGAGUACGGAUCGCGACUUACAACCGCUGGAUGACCUACGACCAGACACGACGGUUCACGCCCACCCGAUUAGCAGAAGAAUUUGCGCCAAUCGCAGAAUCCCCCGCUUAUCUCUAUGGUAAUCCUUAUUCACUAGGAACUGAGACAUCAUCCUUCGAACAGGAGAUGCAGGAAGCUUGA